GGUCCACCAAGUCGGCCGCGCGCGGGGCCUUGUGGGAUAGAGAGGGAGUGGGGAGAGUUAUUAGAGGACGUGAACUACAAUUCCCAGAAGGCUGUGCCGUCAAGAGCCUCGCUCCGCCUUCCGAGUGGUUCCACUAGUUUUCAGCUCGGGGGGCUCCGUCCCAGCUGGAUGUAGUGGCCUGGCCGGGCAGGAGGGGCGGCCCAGCGGGGGUCGUGCCUCCUGGAGCCGCCCCCAGGACGUGAGUCCUGGAGGAGGCGACGGUUGUUCCAGUUGUUGAGAGGACUAUGAACAGGUCAGAGAACUUGCUCUUUCCCGGUUCUUCAUUAGCAUCCCAAGUUCAUGCUGCUGCUAUUAAUGGAGAUAAGGGUGCUCUUCACAAGCUUAUCGUAGGGAACUCUGCCCUUAAAGACAAAGAAGAUCAGUUUGGGAGAACACCACUUAUGUAUUGUGUGUUGGCUGACAGACUGGAUUGUGCAGAUACUCUGCUGAAAGCAGGAGCAGAUGUUAAUAAAACUGACCAUAGCCAGAGAACUGCCCUCCAUCUUGCAGCUCAAAAGGGAAAUUAUCGUUUCAUGAAGCUCUUACUUGCACGCAGAGCAAACUGGAUGCAGAAGGAUCUGGAAGAAAUGACUCCUUUACACUUGACUACUCGGCACAAGAGCCCUAAAUGUUUGGCGCUUCUGCUGAAGUUUAUGGCACCAGGAGAAGUGGAUACACAGGAUAAAAACAAGCAAACAGCUCUGCACUGGAGCGCCUACUACAACAACCCUGAGCAUGUGAAGCUGCUCAUCAAGCAUGACUCUAACAUUGGAAUUCCUGAUGUCGAAGGCAAGAUCCCACUUCACUGGGCAGCCAACCACAAAGAUCCAAGUGCUGUUCACACAGUGCGAUGCAUUCUGGAUGCUGCUCCAACAGAGUCUUUACUGAACUGGCAAGACUACGAGGGUCGAACACCUCUUCACUUUGCAGUUGCUGAUGGGAAUGUGACAGUGGUUGAUGUCUUGACCUCAUACGAAAGUUGCAAUAUAACAUCUUACGAUAACUUAUUUCGAACACCGCUUCACUGGGCAGCUUUGCUAGGCCAUGCACAGAUUGUCCAUCUCCUUUUGGAAAGAAAUAAAUCUGGAACCGUUCCAUCCGACAGCCAAGGAGCGACACCCUUGCACUAUGCAGCUCAGAGCAACUUUGCUGAAACAGUUAAAGUGUUUCUAAAACAUCCAUCAGUAAAAGAUGAUUCAGACCUUGAAGGAAGAACAUCCUUUAUGUGGGCUGCUGGGAAAGGCAGUGAUGACGUCCUCAGGACUAUGCUGAGCUUAAAGUCUGACGUUGACAUUAAUAUGGCAGACAAGUACGGAGGUACAGCUUUACAUGCCGCUGCACUUUCUGGCCAUGUCAGCACCGUGAAGUUAUUACUGGAAAAUAACGCUCAAGUAGAUGCUACUGAUGUCAUGAAACAUACUCCACUUUUCCGAGCCUGUGAGAUGGGGCACAAAGAUGUGAUUCAGACACUCAUCAAAGGUGGAGCAAGGGUGGAUCUAGUCGACCAAGAUGGACAUUCUCUUCUACAUUGGGCCGCGCUGGGAGGAAAUGCAGAUGUUUGCCAGAUCCUGAUAGAAAAUAAGAUCAACCCAAAUGUGCAGGAUUAUGCAGGAAGAACCCCACUGCAGUGCGCUGCAUAUGGGGGCUAUAUCAACUGCAUGGCCGUGCUCAUGGAAAACAGCGCAGACCCGAACAUUCAGGACAAAGAGGGAAGAACAGCUUUGCACUGGUCCUGUAACAAUGGAUACCUUGAUGCUAUUAAAUUACUACUAGACUUUGCUGCUUUCCCUAAUCAGAUGGAAAACAAUGAAGAGAGUCAAAUGACAACUGCAAAACCAAAAAGACGAAGAUAGGCAUUUGGACAUUUAAGGAAACUGGAAAGCCAGAAGAAUCCUCAAGACUGAGGAUUUGACCUUAAAACAGGUAUGUGAGGGUGCCAGAGGCUUCUCCCUUUGAAACCCUGAAGAAGCACGAAGAUUAAGAAUUCUAAGAAUUAGGGAUGAUAUAUUUCUAUAAAGGAUAUUUUUUAUAAAACCAUUUACUGCCUGAGCGCUAUUUUUUAGGAAACAAUAAAAAAAUAAUUUUUUGUAAUUCAAUUUCCAUUUAUAUGCUGAAUUUUGAAUUUCAGACCUAAGUAAGCUUAUGAAUUAAGGUACUUACCAACUCCUGGAGUAAGCAUAUGUUAAUUACAGACCAAAAGACCAAAGGAAAAAUCCUCCAAAGUGUACUUGCCAGUCUGUGGAUGAAAAGAGACAGUGGUAAUAUCCCAGUCUGUUUUAAUGUUUCAUCAGCAAUGCACCUUGAUGUACAAAUGUCAGAAGCUGGCACUGCCUUUUAUGUUUAUUGACAUUCCAGUUUAGGCAUUCUGCUUGUUCCAUCAGACCAUUCCCACAUGGCAAGUCCAAUUGUAUCUUGUCUCUUGUCUUUAUCUGCAUUGUUUCUUGACUGGUUACCAUCAAUGUACUGUUAAUUUUUACUUGACAUGCAUUGACACAAACCACUUGAUGUUCUCUGUAUAGACAUAAUUUUUGCCACCUACUGCUGGCUUUCAGUCAAUAACUAUCUGACAGCCAUACUCUGACAUAGAUGGGAAUAUUCACAGCGCUUGAAUGUGUCUCCAUUGAGUUUGGGAUGAAGAAUGAUUCAGUAGUAACAAUCACAGUGUGGUCAGUUGCCUAAACACUAACUUUAGUCUUAAGCCUUGCUAGAUAUUUAGUUUGUGUCUCCUUGAAUCAAAAAUUGCCCGAGAAGUAAUUUGAAGAAACUAAUUGUAAAAAAAAAAGAAAGAAAGAAAAAGACAUUUUUUAAAAGAAAAUCAGGAAAAUGUGUGUUUAGAGUAAGCAUUAGAUCUUGCUAAGGAAUUCCUGUUAAUUUUGUUAAUACAAUGGCAUUGUGAUUAUGUUCACCUUAUUAUAGAUGAAUCUAAAAUGCAGAGAGAUUAAAUGAUCGGAGUAUGGGAUUUGCUUUAUUGAUUGAUUGAUUGAUGGCUUGUGGGAUCUUUCCCUACCAGGGUUUGAACCUGGGCCCAUGGCAGUGAAAUCUCUGAGUGCUGACCACUGGAUCCACCAGGGUGUUCCUCUGGGAUUUGCUUUUAAAAUACUUGAGCAAAAAUAAAAAAGAAAGGAGUAGAUGAAGUGAAUGUGGUAAAAAUUUUGCUAAUUAUUAAAUCUGGGUAAUGCGUGUAUAAAGCAUUAGUGUCCUGUUCGCUCUACUUUAGUUUAUGCUUAAAGUUUCUCAUAAUAAAAAUAUGAUUUUUUCAUAAUAAAAAUAUUUAACAUAUUUGAAAUGCAACUUUCCAUCCACAAGCAGCCUGAGAAAUCUAGUUCUUCUUCUCCCCUUCCUUUCACCUUUUACAGAUGAGGAAACAGAAACUCAGAGAAGUGAAGAGAAUGCCCAGGGUCACACAGGUCUGCUGACCUCCGGCUCAGCAUUCUUUAGGGAAUAUUAUGCCCAUGUCAUUUCUUUUUGUCAUAUUUGUAAGUAAACACAUAACUUGGGCCUCACUUUCACAAGCCAUAUUUUGCUAAUCCUUUUUGUAUACUGUGUGAAAGGUACUAUGUAUUCAUAAUUAUAGAAAAAAAUGAUCAGGCUUACUGAAAAUGCAUAUGUCAUUUGCACAUUGAUUUGGAAGCAGCUUCAUUCCGUAGGAGACAUGUAUUCAGUGACCGAGAGAGGAAUUGUGGAAGGGUUUCUGUGCUGAAUGGGGCAGCAUGUGAUCAUAGUCCCAUCUGGGUUGUGCAGGCAACUAGUUACACAGACUUCCGCUUGUUGCGUAAUCUUCCCAGGUCUGUUUAUUCAUUUAUACCGUGAGGGUGUUAAACUGUAUCCGUCAAACUCUCUGCAGUGGUUCUCUGACUCUGAUGAUUUUUUCUAUUGGGGAAAGUACAGUCAUGAAAGGCAUUUUGGAAUAUAUAGUGGAUUUUGUAACAGUUCUUCUGAAUUUACAAAACGCUAUUUACGUGUAAAUAAUGUUUGAAAGUUUAUCCAGGCACCUCUACUUUAUGGCCUUCUGGUUUCUGAACAGUAUGGGCAGAUCAAGCUGUCCUAAAACGGGGGUUCAUCCGUUCUAGCAUUCAAGAACUUCCUUCUGAAUUUAGUCUCCUUACUAAAGGGACCAACUACCCUUUGCAUUUACUGAAACCUCUCCCUUUUGUAUCUUACUGUGACUGUAGGUGAUUCUUGAAGAGUUUCUUUUCUAUAAUCAUUGGCUGAUUCUCUGAGUCUGUUCAUGCACCCACAUAGUCAUCAUUUUUCCAGCUCAUCAAUCAGCUGAUUAUUUCCUUCCAACACCUGUGACUGCACUGACCCAGUGACAGUCAUCCAGAGGAAACUGAUCUGGCAGUUGUUCAGCAGUCAUAAAUGCUAGUUUGGGUCUGUGCAAAUAAUAUUCGUGAUAAGUGCUAUCACCAACAUAUAAGCGCUGCAAUGUGUGUUCUGUAAUAGCACUAAUCACACUAACUUUUAUGAGCUGCUUCCCUCAUGCCAGGCACACUGCUGUCUUCUUCACACUGAUCAUUUUAUUCUGUCAUCAUCCCAAAUCUGUAUGAGGAGAGGUGGGGCAUAAGUUGGUCGGGAAGUGACAACCAUUGUUUUCACCACGGUUGGAUGGUAGAAUUGGGGGUAUUUUCUUUACUUCAAAUUAUAGUACUAUUUGCAUCAUUUGAAUUCUUAAACUGUGUCAUUUUUACAGAGUAAUUAUUUUUCUUUAAAAAAGGAAACAUACUUCCCAUUAAUAUUAACAGUGGUUAACUCUGAGAGUGAGAGUGUAGAUGACUAUUAUUUUCUUCUUUAUAUUAAUCUGGUUUGUUUUAUAUUCCAAAAAUAGAGAAGAUGUAUUUUUUAAAAAGAAUCUGCCUAAAAUCACAGAUCUAGAAAGUAGUCAGUUGAAAUUCUAAUAUAUAACUCUAUGAUAAUAAUAAUACCCAUUUUUUCUAAAUAAUAUACUUAUCAAAAAGGUAUGUACACUGUAAAAAAUUUAAAAAGCAUAAAAAGGCAUUUAGUAAAACUAACUAUCCCUCCUAUCCCUGUCUCUGAGACAGCUAGCUUUCUCCCCAGGGGCAUCACUGUCCCAUGUUCUUGGGAAACUUCUAGAGAGUUAUAUCAAUAUUUUACAUAGGUGAGCACAUAGGGGUAUAUUCUUUUCAUGUCAGUGAAGCACAUCAUAAUGCUGUUCUGGUUUCUCACUUUUUCUUUUUUCCUUCACUGAACAGUUCAUCCUGGUGAUUGUCCCGUAUUUAUUCAUGUACACAGUAAUGGCUGCUUUACGCAGAUGGCUUUGUGAUGGGACGGCCUGUACUUUAUUUAACCAGUCCUAUGUUUGUUGAUGGAGGGCUUCCCUGGUAGCUCAGCUGGUAAAGAAUUCGCCUGAGUGCAGGACACCCCAGUUUGAUUCCUGGGUCGGAAAGAUCUGCUGGAGAAGGGAUAGGCUACCCAUGCCAGUUUUCUUGGGCUCCUCUGGGGCUCAACUGGUAAUCUGCUGCCUGCCAUGUGGGAGA